UUGGCCUUGUUGGGGGAGGUGAGAUGAAGGACAUGGGAUGCCAUUGAAAGAGACGACCAGUUUCACACGACCCUACCAACACCAUUAACUUGUGAAUUGUAAAUGGCUGAACAUCUCUGGCAUGUCUGCUGCUCGAAUGUUGUGUUUAGGUGGACAGGCGGAGAAGGCGGAAAGGCAGUCCCUGCCAUUGCUGCUGUUGGCCAGACUCGGCGGGCAGCUGAGGCAGACUUUCGCCGCCAGCUUCCCCCACUGGUCAGCCCGUCAUAGAAGAUAGACAGCGAGCCAGCAGGAUUCUGUUUCAUCCAGCCACUGUAUACGAAAAACCAAGCAGCUUUCUCUGGGCCUGGCUGUGUUUUGUUGGAGUUUUCUGCUUUACAGGUGGAGAGUGACUUUAUAGCAUGAAACAAGCUUGGGACAAGAGCGUUUUUGAGAAUGGGCAGACGAAACACAAACAUCCAGGAACAGGCCAUGUGGAUUCUGGAACAGCAGCUCCUCUUGAGCACCUCCAGAGCUCUGGUUCAGGAGACAAGCUUGACAAGAAGGCCGUUUCUGUGGGAGGAGCCCUCGGAGGGGCGGGUCAGAACCUGUUGCUGAGUCCAGCGAGCAUACAGCUGGCCCAGCUUCAGGCUCAGCUCACCCUACACCGUCUCAAACUCGCCCAGACCAGCAGCACUGCUGCUGCCGCUACUGUCCUCAACCAGGUCCUCUCCAAUGUGGCCAUGUCCCAGCCUCUGUUCAAUCAGCUCAGGGGCUCCUGCAUUGGCCAGGCUCAUGGAAGAGGGUUCCCUCCUGCACCCAUCACCUUCCCCCCUCCCUCUACCACCCUGGGCCCGCUGGCUGGGGGUGGGUUCACACAGAACCAUGCUGGGAUCAGACUGAACCACUAUGGAGCAGGGAGCUCAAACCAGAACACCAAUCAGCAAGGCGAGUAUGGGAAAAAAGCCGGAAUGUUUCAGACGGAUACGGAUCGGCGCGUGCAGUUUGGGUUUACUGGAAUAGGUCCCAGUAAGGUGGGCGACGCAGGACAGUAUGGAGGCCCCGGUGUGCAGGCCAAGAAUAGUACCCAGAACAACUACCAAAGAGACUGCUACCCUCCUGAGGGUCAGCAAGGGGUGUUUGUGGGAGGCAGUGGCGAGCUGAUCCAGGACUCCGGCCAAAAAGAGCAGUGGAAAAACCCGACAAGCUUCCCCCUCUCAGGUAAACUGGACAUGGGCACUGGGGCUGGGACCAGUACCUGGGGCCCGGCUGCUCAAGGCUUUGUUGGGCCGCGAGCAGAACUGUACAACCCUGAGGAACCCACUGGUGAGCCCAGGUUUAGCCCAGCCGGUGGCCUGGCUUUCAACUUUACUGCUGGGCAGCCAGGGUUUGUAGGAUACCAGCAGCAGCAGAAAGGUGAGGAGGGGAAGGGCAUGACACUACAAGCCCACCAGCUCAACGAUUACCACGGGGCGACACCAUCACACCUACCCCACCAGUGCACCAUUUGUGAGAAGAAGGUUUACAACUUGAAGGACUGGGACCAGCACGUGAAGGGCAAGCUACAUCUACAGAACCGACUGCUCUACACUGAGGCCCCAGCGGUAGGAGCCCUGCACUUCCCGGCCGCGUCCGAAGGAUGCCCUGGCUCCGCGCUGACUAACGCCAUGGCGUACUCAUCCCCCGCCAGCCAAGAUGUUUCAGCCGGAGGUGCGUCUUAUUUACCAGCUACUGCCAUGAAGUCAUUUCCUCUCUCAGGGGCGGGAUUUACCUCACACCAGCCAGGAGCAAAGUUUCCCCAGAGUAAGGCGUGCCCUGGACGCGUCGUCCAUAUCUGCAAUCUCCCUGAGGGCAGCUGCACAGAGAAUGACGUCAUCAACCUGGGCCUGCCCUUCGGCAAGGUCACCAACUACAUCCUCAUGCGCUCCACACAUCAGGCCUUCCUGGAGAUGGCAUAUGUGGAAGCAGCCCAGGCCAUGGUGCAGUACUACCAACUACAGCCAGCUAAGAUCAACGACCAGAAGCUCCUUAUCCGCAUGUCCAAGAGAUACAAGGAGCUGCAGCUUAAGAAACCGGGUAAAGAUGUGGAGUCCAUAAUCCAGGAUAUUAACUCUCAGAGGGAGAGAGGGGAGAUGCAAGAUAUGGAUCGGUACCUCCCAGAGCGAGCACGCUCGCGCAGUCCCAUCAGUCGCUCCCUGAGUCCACGCUCUCACAGCCCCAGCUUCACCUCCUGCAGUUCCACCCACAGCCCCCAGGGAGCCCCCUGCCGGCCGGACUGGAUCAACGGCCUGGGCCCUCGCCGCGGAUCCUGGGACUGGACGUCCCACGGGCGGCGAGACGAGGACCCUCGCGACAGAGAUGAGUGGAGGAACGGAGAGGAUGAGAGGCCUAACGGCCGGCUCUCUGAGCGCAGGAAACUUUACCUCAAACCCGGGGAGCGGGGCAGCCCUCGCAUGGAUGAACGCGGCAGGGACUGGUACCCCCGCGGCAGCCCCCAGGGCCCACCCUUCUCCUACCACACUAUGGACGACUUCUACAAAAAAGAGCCCACAUACAAAGCUGAAAAGACCCUUCGGACACCCCAAAACCAGAGACAUGAGGGGAAGUACAAGAGAAGAGACGGCACAGACCAUCACAGAGCCAGACACUCAGAGUCAGAUCUAACCGAGGAUAUGGGCUCCAGCAGGGCUGCUGAGGAGCGGGGACGCAGCAAGAGGACGAGCAGGAGACAGGAACGAGAGGACAAAGAGACUGAGAGCAGUAAAGAAGCUACCGAGCAUCGAGCCAAAGACAGAUCAUCAUCUCCCCGCAACAGCAAAACCUCCGAACCCACAGAAUGUGAGCGGGACAAAGACAGUGAGGUGGAGGAGUGGGUGAGCGGGGAGGAGACUGAAGGUGAGAGCUGGUACCCGAAAAGCAUGGAGGAGCUGGUAACGGUCGAUGAGGUCGGGGGAGAGGACGACUCCAUCAUCGAGCCUGAUCUCCCUGAUCUACAGGAGGAGGAGCCAGCGGAGGAGCCUAGUCAGCCUGCAUCCAGCCCAAAUCCCAACCCCAGCGCAGAAGUCCCAGCACUGGCAGAGAAGACCCAGGAAGAGCCUCUUCCACCUCCAGAUACCAGCCCAGAAGAGACAUCCAGCCUGAGUCUGGCUGAGUCUAGAGAGCCCUCAGUGAGCAGCAGCGCUCCAGACCAGCCCUGCUCUCAGCUCUGCCUGUUCCCCAGCCAGGAGUUCAAAAGCGCACUGGAGGAGUCCUCACAUACAGAGCCGCAGACUUCCAGAGCCGCACCAGACAGCCCGCCCAGCCACGGCCGUGCAAGUGAGAUGGCGUGUGAAAGAGAGAAGACUGCGGAUGUACAAACGGCCGGUGAGGCUGUUGGGCCGGCGCAGACUGAUAAGAAGGAGACACAGCACAUAGAGGAGAACCAGAGGAGAGACGCCCUUAUCUCAGUGCCUGCUGAUUCACCCCAGAGGACUGAUACUGAGACUCCCUCACCAUCACGAGAGCAGGAGAAAAUCAUCAGUGAAUACAGCAUCCCACUAGGUGUGGAGUUCAUCGUUCCCAGGACGGGCUUCUACUGUAAACUCUGCGGCCUUUUCUACACCAGCGAGGAGACGGCCAAAACUACGCAUUGCCGGAGCACCGUUCACUACAGGAAUCUACAGAAAUAUCUGUCUCAGCUGGCAGAGGAGAGUCUGCUGCACUUCCAUGCCGACCCGGCCAGCACAGAGUGAACCCAGACAAGCCUGAGACGUCACCACCACCAGGGGGAGUCGAGCAGCGCUGAGCUCCGCUCGUAGCCCAGGAGUGCCAAGCGGAGAGGACGAUUAGUGACAGCAGAGAGAAAAAGAGAGAACGUGAGAGAGCGAGGAAGUGUGACCGAGGGAAGGACGCAGGACAGCGUGUUUACUGUGGUUUUUGUGCUGUGUGCACGCUGAGCACAGCAAGACUGGACUGAACAGGGGAAAGUGAAGGUCACCAGGUGGGGCUCAACCCAAAGGUGUAAAAUCUGUUUUUGUAAACAAAUCCUGCCUUAAAACAAUCAACUCAUUCAGCGACUUAGCCAAAGUAGGUUAAACUGAUGUGAAGCUGGUCUUUUUUAAGGCCCUGUCUGUUCUGAAGCGCAACCCAAAGAUGGAUAGAAUAGAUUUCAAUAGCAGCACAGAACUCCUGCCUCGAAGAAAACUUUCAAAAAAGGAAGUCUGUCAAGUCGUUCAGUCACCCAACUGUGAAUCUGUGCAGGUCUACUGUUAAAACGGUCUCGUUCUAUUAGAGACGUGCAAUAUAUUGUCAUAUCAGGUCAAGCAGAAAAUACUGAAAUACUGGAUCAGGUGUUGGAGGGAAAAUCCAGUCCUGUAACCCGUCAGUCUAAAGAUGAGGUUUUUAUAUAGGCUCAGAUUUUCUUCUGUAAAGUAAGCCGACUCGCACCCAGAAGUAUUAUAAAGUAGCAUACUUUGGCGCAGCUCGGCCUGUAGGAGGAAAAGGAGGCAGCAUCUCAUUAAUUCACGUGUAUUUGCAUUUACAAAUUAGUCACCGAUUCCGUGGAAGUGAACUCAAAGACCUGGAAACAUUGUGAACCUGUCCAACUUGAACACGGUUCCACUUAAUAACCAACGCAGGAGAUGCUAACCAGCUUACAGGCUCCUCCAGUAAUAUUCAGAGUUAGACUUUAAGAAGGAUUAACUAUAAAAGCUGCAGUAUACGAAGUAAAAGGUGCGUGUGACUGACCAUCUGAGUGAAACUCUCAGCCUUUUCUACUCCGUUUCACUGUCCCAACCGGUCAGAUGAGUGCAGAAUUCCCAAAUAUCUCCAGCUGAAUUCCAACACACCUCCUUUAUAAUGACGGAGAACACCUUUUGUUUUUGUAGGUAAAGGACAGGACACCACUCGUUUACAAAAUCACACUACAGCCUGAAGUUUCUUCAGCAGGGAGCGCUCUUAGCACACAAGUCACGGCUUUUAAUCAGUUAAAGCCAAAAACAGCCACAAGAGGUGAAACAGUGUUCAAGUGUUGUGUUAUUUAUUCUGUGAUUGACAUUAAAAGAUGUAAGUCAGUUCAUGUUAAAAGCUCAUGCGUAGGCCUGCAUCCUGGUCUAAAUAAGAUCACGAUGUAGGCCACAGAAAUCCAAAACGGAGAAGCAUCGGAAGUCGAGGAGGAAAAGUGCCGUUGCUCCGUCUCCGCUGUCUAUAUCUCAUUUAUUCUCAAGCCCAGCACCGUCAAACUGUGAACUGAAGAAAGUCUGAAUGUACAGUUUAGCAGAGAAUGUUCUGAUGGAUGUGAUGCUGUCACAGAUUCCGGCCGUUUAAAGGACGUGAUGAAAGCUGAAGUGGCCUAAACGGCACAAAUUAGCAGGAUGUAAUUCUCAUGAUGUUCAUUUGGCCUGCAACAUACUUCAUGUGAGGACAGCGCUCGGCCGGAGCGCUCGGCCGGAGCGCUGCAAACGCUCAGUCCUUCUGUACAAACUCGCCGCGCGUUCUUACGUUGCUGCAGAGGUUAAAACACUCAGUACUGAAGGGGGCGAUAGAGGACAGAGCAGAGAGGGAUCUACUGCUGUUCCAACAGCCUCAGCCGUUAAACGUGGGCAGUAGAGGAGAGCGAGCUGCUUGACCUCUUCUGUUGGAUUGGAAAUGCAAUGAUGAAUCAUAUAUUCAUGCCGUCUUUGCGUGAGACUCAGCUGCUCAUCCACCGUGGCGGUUGAGAAGCACGUUGGCGGUGGAAGACGGCUUGGCCAGGCUCGGCUGUCGCUGUGAAACCCCGUCUCGAAGUGUCUGCGUUCACGUCCUUUCUUGAAGUACGUUUCAGGCCUUAAGGUCUCUUGGAUUUGAAACAAUGUGAAGCUCUUUAUAGGAUCGUAAUACACUGGACGUCCUUGAAACUGGACGAAGACAAUCUUAUCUGACUUUAAGGGCCUUCCUACAGUCAGGAGGUAAAACUCGGGCUCAGGUUAGUGAGAAGUUGCUCAUUAAUGCCACGCUACACAUAAUAUUUUGUAAAGAAGCGAGAAUCAAGCACUGUGCAGGUGUUGGGAUUCACUGAUGUAUCUCUGGGUCUUGAAUUCGUUUCAUGAUUGUAUAUCAGGUUGGAAGCAGAUCAAACGGUGUAUUAAAUAUAAUACAUAAAGCUCAAGAAGUAGCAAUACUUGAACUGGACCAUGUGUGUUAUUUAUCCUGCUUAAGGAGAAUUCGUGUAAAAAGGAAAGUGAUGUGUGUGAUGUUAUGGUAGAUUUUAGCGAGUUUCUUUUUUUUUUGUAUAUUACUGAUAUUUGUGUCCCAGUCGUGAGACGUUACUGAUCUUUCUUUAAAUACUGUUGUGGCAUGUUCUGACGCAGAUAUGUCAAUAAACAGUUUUGAGAAGAA